AUGGCUUUUGUCUGGUUACAGGUCAAACCCAACGACGCAGACGGAACCAUCGAGAUUCUGUGCGGACAGUCCCUACAGAGCCUCAUCAAUCGAUUGCGCCACCAGGCAGAGUCCAGAGAGCGGGAACUCAGCGCCAAGAGAUUAGAGCAGGAAAACAUGGAAGCCAAGAAAGAUGGCGCUAGCAAAUCUGAAGAAGAUGAGAACAGGGCCUUCAACAUCACCCUUGCCACGGCAACAAUAAAAUCUCACAAACUGAACUCUGACCUUGGUAAGACACAAACCUUCACCUGUUUGCUUACAAUAUGUCGCCUCUUGGUAUAUAAGUUGCACUCUAGACAACUAAAGGCACUGGAACUUCAACCAGCGUUAACCCCUGAACCACUAGACAUGACAUCCUACUGUAGCUACGACUAUGAUGUAGACCAUGUUUGCUCCAUUAACAGGUCACCACUGAAGAGUUUGAGACCUAAUGGCUUUACAACCCUUGCUCAUGCAGAUAGGUGCCAAAUCCAUCGGGAUUUAAGUUCCAGUGCUCUUCUACCUCCAGGCAUCUCAACGCCGCCACCGUCGGCACAAAACAGGUUGCUGCUGGGCGGGAGAUCUUUCCGAGAGGUUCAUUAUCCCGGGGACAUGUCCUUGAGGUUCGUCAAGCCGUUGAUGAACACCAGCAAAAGCUUCACGUCCAGCGGCUUGGACUCCAGCGAGCACUACCCCCAGGGACACACCACUCUGCCGGCCAACAGAAAAGCUGUACUGGUCAGCUGUGGUCCCAAAAGUCCUCUGGGCAAGCGCAGCAAAAGUGUGACCUUCUCACAACCGGUCGCCAUGGUAACGCCCAUGAACUCUGAGUCGGAAGAGUCCAUGGAGAAAUCGAUGCUGAGUGUGGAAGUGGAUGACCCCAGUUACGACAAUCUCAACAAACUGGACAUCCCUGACUACCCAGUUAUCCCUGGAGACAGUGACCUUAUCCACUUUUCCAAGUGGGACCACGAAGUCCAAGAACAGAAUCCCAUCAGGUCCAAAUCCAUGUCCACUUUUCAUAAUCCGAAUACUUCUACCCCUGAGACGAAAGUUUUUGUGACCCCAUCUUGUGACCUUAGAGUGAACUUUGACACAGAGGAUCUUUCUUAUAUGUCUGACUCGCCUUCAAGCUUCUGGAGCCCACCCAAGCAUAACGGGAAGCCCCUGGUGCUACCAAAACCUCAGAAAGCUGAACUAUAUGAAACCGGAGUAUAG